AUGCCGGGCCAGCUGAAUGUGAAAGCUAAUGAAAUAAUUAUUCGACUCUAUGCUUCUUAAAACAAUGCAGGCUGUGCAUCAGCAGAGCUGGGUUUUCAUCAGAGCUGUAAUCCAGUAUUAUCGCUUUGCAUCACGCUGGAACUGUUUUGUAAAUAGUCCUGGCACUGUUCUCCUGUCUACGUCCCUUAUAAAUGUGACCCGGAGCAGUAGGCCCAUUACUGGAACAAGCGGGUACUGGCAUACGGGAACCAAAUAGUCAGUGUAACAAUGGCAUCUGACCAUCAAUCUCCUGCCACUAAGCAACAGCAACCUAGCUCAAAGAUUGUCCUGUUUGAGCAAGAAAACUUCCAAGGCCGCUGCCAUGAACUCAGUGGACCCUGUACCAGUCUAAAAGAGGCUGGUAUGGAGAAAGUUGGCUCUAUCCUCGUACACUCUGGACCCUGGGUAGGAUACGAACAACUGAACUGCAAGGGAGAACAAUUUGUCUUUGAGAAGGGAGAAUACCCUCGCUGGGACUCCUGGACGAACAGCCGAAAGAGCGACAGCAUCUCCUCUCUGAGACCAAUCAAAGUGGAUAGUCAGGAACAUAAGAUUGUCCUAUAUGAAAACCCAAGCUUUACUGGGAAGAAGAUUGAAAUAAUUGACGAUGAUGUCCCAAGUUUCCAUGCUCACGGCUAUCAAGAAAAAGUAUCUUCCGUGAGAGUACAAAGUGGAACGUGGGUUGGCUAUCAAUACCCAGGUUACAGAGGAUACCAGUACCUGUUUGAGAAGGGGGAUUAUAAGGACAGCUCAGAUUUUGGCGCCCAGCACCCCCAGAUCCAGUCUGUGAGGCGCAUCCGUGAUAUGCAGUGGCACCAGAGGGGAACCUUCCACCCUACCAACUAAAAGAAACACUUCCUAUAUCUCUCAUGCCAGUGCAGAG